AGCUGGCAAAAUUGACACAAAGCGGAUUCCGUAGUUUUAAGUGACGACAGUUGUUAGGCUAAGGCUAACAGUGUUAGGUGACAGGUAUCAGCCGUUUAUGUCAAUUGAACAAAUUAGUAGAAUAAAGACACUAAUUCAUUUUGGUUUUGUAUCUAUGCUGUAGCUAAAUUUAUGUCGCACGCUGAAGAUAAUUUCGUGUAAUUAGCUCAGCUAGCAGGCUAGUGUGCGGUAGGUAACGGUUAGUUAGCUAGCUAGGUAACGACAACGUCAUAAGAAGAACAUCUAAAACAAACGCAGUGGCCAGUUGAUAAAAGUUGCCGCUGCUGUCAGUGUUUGUGAAUUAAACCACCAGCAGUGCCAGAAUGAAUAUUGCUAAAAGUGGUUAUCGCGUCUUUUCGGCAAACUCCUCCGUAGCAUGCACAGAAUUGGCCAAGAAGAUAACAGAGCGGCUGGGAGUUGAGCUGGGGAAAUCGGUGGUCUUUCAGGAAUCUAACAGAGAAACUAGAGUGGAUGUGAAAGAAUCAGUUCGUGGACAAACUAUCUUCAUCAUUCAGACCAUACCGCGAGAUGUCAACACAGCCAUCAUGGAGCUGCUGGUUAUGGCCUAUGCCCUCAAGACGUCUUGUGCAAAGAACAUCAUUGGAGUCAUUCCUUACUUCCCCUACAGCAAACAGUGCAAGAUGAGAAAGAGGGGUUCAAUAGUGAGCAAGUUGUUAGCUUCAAUGUUGGCGAAAGCAGGAUUAACGCACAUCAUCACCAUGGACUUGCAUCAGAAGGAGAUCCAGGGCUUCUUCAGCUUCCCAGUGGACAACUUGCGUGCCUCCCCUUUCUUGAUUCAGUUUAUCCAAGAAGAGAUUCCUGAUUACAGAAAUGCCAUCAUUGUGGCAAAGUCCCCAUCAGCAGCUAAAAGGGCUCAGUCCUAUGCGGAACGCCUGCGUUUGGGUCUGGCUGUGAUUCACGGCGAGGCUCAGUGUUCAGAGUCCGACAUGGCUGAUGGAAGACACUCCCCACCAUGUGUACGCAACACCACAGGACACACAGGACUGGAGCUUCCUUUAAUGAUGGCCAAGGAGAAACCUCCCAUAACUGUAGUUGGAGACGUGGGAGGGAGAAUUGCCAUCAUUGUGGAUGACAUUAUAGAUGAUGUGGGAGACUUUGUUGCAGCUGCUGAGAUCCUGAAAGAGAGAGGAGCCUAUAAGAUUUAUAUCAUGGCCACACAUGGCUUACUGUCCGCUGAUGCUCCACGCCUCAUCGAGGAAUCCGCCAUUGAUGAGGUGGUGGUGACCAACACAGUCCCACAUGAAGUGCAGAAGCUACAGUGUCCCAAAAUCAAGACUGUGGAUGUCAGCAUGAUAUUGGCUGAGGCCAUCCGCCGCAUCCAUAACGGAGAGUCCAUGGCCUACUUGUUCCGCAACAUCACCGUGGACGACUAAAGAGAGGGUGAGCUGGGUGUGAUAAGGACUGAAGGCAGGUGCACGUCUUCCCUCGGCUUUAAUAACAUGCUAAUGCCAUGUCCCAAGUGUUAUGUAUAGCGGGAUUACAUGUAUGCUAAUUCAUUGAAAGAAAUUUAAAUGGUAAGAUGAUUGUUAUUUAUCAAAAGGUGUAAAAAAGAAAAUAAAAAAAAAAUGUAUUUCUUUGGUUAAGUUAAGAAAUGCAUCUUGUUCUUGUUAAGAAAAGAUGAUAAAAUAGCAAACAAGUGACUUUCUCCUUUUGAUGCAUUCAGUCAUGAUUUUGAAGAUUCUCCUUCCGAUCGAUUCCAGCUUCCUCAUACAUCUAAUGACUGAGCUUCAACUGCAAAAGAGAAGAGAAGUAUUUCUCCAGUAACAGGACUUUGUGCUUUAGCAACCAUUUCCCAGGCCCUCAUGGUCACGGCUGCUCAGCACUGUGAUGUCUUCGCACGUAAUGGUGGGUGUUGGUUCCAACCGUUCUCUUAAUACAUCCAUGGUUCCAACCACAUAGACAACACUGGACAAGCUCCGGCUUAUUGGUGCCCAAAUUAUAUUUGUAUGCAGCUUUUUUGCACCAUUUUUGGGAAUGUUUGGAAGUUCAGUAAAAUGUCCAAUGUGACGCAAUACAUUUCUCAACAUACUGUAUGUAGAAAUGAAUGGAUCAUCAAUUACAUAAAAAUCCAAAAAGACCAUCUUUGUUGUAGCCAAUUAUCUACAAACCGCGAUUACUAAACAUUACUGCUGGCAGGUUUUCAAGCAGAGCAAAAGGUUUUCUUUAUGUAUUUUGUUUGUUUUUCGAGCCCUCAGUGGUUUCCCUUCAUUUCAGUUUGCUAUGAAACCCAACUUGCAGGAACCUGCCUUGGUUACAUUAUCAAUCACAGUUAACCUGCUUAGUUUUCCUUUUUUAUCUCUUUACAUUGUUGUUAGGCUGCUUGUGUGGUGGGCUUAUGUGCUACUGUAACUACGUGUGGAAAACAUAAUUCUCCCUGUUGGAGGUUAGCAACAGUAAUCCACACAAAGUCCAUCACUUUUUUUUUCCAAUCCAAGCAGCAUCCAAGUUCUCAAUCUGCUUUUGCUAAUUUUUGCCUUGUCUUGAAACCUGUGUGUCAUACCAGCACUUUAAUGUACAAGAUAAGUGGACUUCACUUUAAAAUAACAAAAUUCACUAUGGUGGGCUACUUGAGUGUUUUUUUUUUGUUCUUUUUUUUUUGUUCUGUAGUAAAGUGAAUGGAAACUGAUGGCUGCUAGGAAGAUUGGACAUGUGCACAAAAAAGGAAACUAGCCAGCAGUAGUGUAAAAUGUGUGUAUUUUAGUAAACUGGUGAAACACCAGCGUGGUCUUGUUUGUCUACAAAUUACUGUGUUAUUUCCCCAUAAAGACUUGAACAUACACACAUUUUUGUGCUCUUUGAGUCAGUUUUCAAAGUGAUGCUUGAGAGGAAAUUAAUGUAUUAUUUCUAUGCUGAUUGAGCCUUUUGCUCAGGGAAAUAUACUUAACAAGCCAAUGCACACUUAUCUGUUCUUGUGUUUUUGAUGGUUUGUUCCUGUUUCACAUGUUUAAAAAAAAAUCUGUCUUCCAUACAGCAGUAGGGUACGCCUUUUACUUUUUACCAUUUGGUUUUGUUAUGGAUUCUGGAUUUCUCCUGAUGUGCUAAUGAAUGAUUAUUUGAAAGCUAGAUUCACACGCUGGUGUUGUGUUGGCACAAAGCUGUCAGUAUCAAAUGUGUAUGCUGGGCAGGCUCAAAUUUGAUCUGUCGUUAGUGUUUUUCAUCAUGUCUUCUAUGUAUUCGCUGUUCCCCUGACCUGUCUGUCAUGUUGAGGACGUAUAAUUUAGGCACUAACACCCUUCUGUCUAGCUCCACGGCGUUUGUCAUUGUGUUUGAAAAAUAAAACGGUUGCCUCUGGCUGUGCCUUGUCUCUACCGAA